AACACAACUGGUUGCUUUAGGGGCGGAGACUAGGGGAUGUUAGCGUUUGGAGACAGAUUUUUCCCCCCGAGGUCUCCGAGAUUAUGAAGUCUUAGUUUAGCUGUCAGUCCCGUUCUUGACGUCUUGACUCGUGACCCGAUCUUAAUAACCGCGCAACCCGUGCAGUGUCCGACAUUGUCCUCGCUACAACAACAUUUCCGUCCGCCCGCGCUUUCCGGAAUAACGUGUUAUCAGUGCUGGAUACCUACUCCGCGCCGACCAAAUCGCUCUUGUGUUUGUUGUUAUUAAACCUUACAUUUGUGCGUGCGUGUUUUUUUUUUAUUUCCAAAACUCAAAACUUAAUAAAUAAAUUGUGUCCAUCAUCCUCGUCGUGCUAACAUUUUUAAAAUAAUUUGCGCGCGCUAGCGCGUUAUCUCAUUGUGUGUGUAAUAUUUAUUCAAUAACUCAAAACUUUAAAAAAAAUUGUGUUUCAUCGUUCUCUUCGUGCCAACAUUUCCAAAUAACUUGCGCGCGCGUUAGCGCGAUUCCCAUCCCAUCGUGUGCGGGUUUUUUUCUUUAAUUUUUUAUUUUUUAAAAGUAUAAGUUCGAGUGAAGUUUUCCAAGAUGGAGGAGUCGUUAUCGACCUGAGCGGCGCUUGGAGUUGAUGAUUUCAGCGGCUUUGGAGCACGGGAAAAUGGCUCUGGAGACGGACCGCUCGAGCCCGAACAGCGCCUCGAGCCCGGGCCCGACGACGAACAAACGCCCGUCCUCAACCGACGGUAGCGUGUCCGGCUUCCCGCGGGUACCAUCGCCCAAACCAGACUCGAACCCGGACCCCUGGACCCAGCGCCCCGAGACGAAGCUCGCUAAGCCACCGUCCGCCUUCCACCAGAUCUCCCUCCUCAGCCAGUGCCAUGCCGAGCCCCUCCAAAACGGCAAAGACGAGAAAGAGUCCGAAGAACCCCUCGCUGAGAGGCUCGUCUCGCCCGGCGAGAACCUAAAAAACGGGAUAGUUCCUUUAACGAAACCUAUGUCUAUAUGUUCACCUCUCCAAAGUAAAGUCCUAAACAAAGAGAACAACAACAAAAUUAAACUGGAGGAGUACGCGAAGCCGGAGUUGAGAUCGCCGCGGGCCGACCGGCCCCGACCCCAGUUCAUCGACCGGCGAUUCGAAGCCGCCGACUACAGGUACAAACAAAUCCCGAUCGCGGAUAAAGUCUACCCGAGCUUCAAACCGAUGACUCCGAUGGACCCGAGCAUCCCUUUGAACCCGGCGAUGAUCCCCGCAAUGCUUCCAGGCCAAAGACUCCAGCCGGAGUACCCGCUGCCCAUCCCGGGGCUACCCUUCACGCCCUUGAUGUACGGCAUCGGGUUUAUGCCGCGCGCACUCAAUCUUCAGAUCCCCGGGAUGUACCCUCCGGAUAUCCGGCUGCCCGAGCUUCAGAGUGCCAAGCUCAUGUACGAGUCGCUCCACCUGCCGCCAACGGAGACCCACGCGCCCGAAGAGAGGUACUUAACCAGCUUCUCGCCCUCGGCAUCCGAGUCAUCGAGGAGUUUCAAUGCUAGUCAAAAGUGCUCGCCCGACGCCAAGGAUUCGCGACCCUCCUCGGCGUGUAGUUCGGUAACUUCGAGUUCCAGGGAGCCCCGGACGUGGAGUUACUGCCAGUCUCCGACCCCGUCACGGUCGCCGUCGCCGCCGCCCCAGACGACGUCGCUGCCGUUCUCGGUGACGAAUAUCCUGCGCCCGGAGUUCGGGCAGAACUUGUUCAACCAGAGCAGGCCGAAGAGGGAGCUCCAGAAGGAGGAGAAGAGGCCGCCGCCGAAGAAGCCCAAGUUGACGGCAGCGGAGCCGGCGACGGUCAAGGCGGUCGCGGCGCCGCAGAGCGCGCCCGCGGCGACGCCCGCGCAGACGCCGGCUGAGGCCCAGGCCGCCAAGGAGAAGGAGCAGGCCGAUUUCGAGAAGGAAGCCAAAGAGCAGGGGUGGCCCGCCUGGGUCUACUGCACCAGAUAUUCCGAUAGACCGUCUUCCGGUCCCCGCUCCCGGCGGAUCAAGAAGAAGGAGAAGAAACCCGAGGAGAAGCGACCGCGGACAGCGUUCAGCGGGGAGCAGCUCUCGCGGCUCAAGAGCGAGUUCCAGGAGAACCGGUACCUGACCGAGCGGCGCCGCCAAGAGCUGGCCAACGAGCUGGGGCUCAACGAGGCCCAGAUCAAAAUUUGGUUCCAGAACAAGCGGGCCAAGAUCAAGAAGGCCUCCGGGACCAAGAACCCCCUAGCGCUCCAGCUGAUGGCGCAGGGGUUGUACAACCAUAGCACGGUGGCCAUGUCCGAUGACGAGAUGGAGGAGAUGCUGCAUCAGCAUCAGCAGCAGCAGCAGGCCCAGCAGCAGGCGGCACAAGCAGCAGCGCAGCAGAAGUCCGCGUAGAUUCGCCUGUUGACUUAGGGGGUUUUGCCCCUUGAUUUGUUUUUGUUUUUCGUGGCGGGGGGAGCUAAAGCCCGCGUCCCACGAUC